GAAACCGUGAAAAGUAAACCGCGUUAUAGCAAGGGAUCACUGUAUACGUGAAGGAAGAAAGGUAUCUGUAAGACUCGGAAAACGUCACGUUUCCUGUACCGCCCAUUCUACGUCACAUGCGGAAGUAUCAACAUGGAGGAUGUUAGAGGGAACUCCACGAAUGCACUUCUGAAAGAUGAGUGCUAUGCUGAUUUCCUGGUGGACGACUUUGACGUAAAGACUUACACAGCCCAAGUGAUACAUCAUGCUGUCAUAGCAGAGCAGCUGGCAAAGCUAGCCCAGGGCAUUAGUCAGUUAGACAAGGAGCUCCAUAGCCAGGUUGUCGCCAGACAUGAAGACUUACUCUCUCAGGCCACUGGGAUCGAGUCUCUUGAAGGGGUCCUCCAGAUGAUGCAGACUAGAAUCAGUGCACUACAGGCAGCUGUUGACAGGAUAAGGACAAAGAUUGUUGACCCAUACAACAAGAUCAUGGUCAGAAUUACACAGCUCGGCAGAUUACAGGUGGCUUGUGACUUGCUCCGGAGGAUCAUUCGUAUCUUGUACCUGAGCAAGAGACUGCAGGCUCAGCUUCAAGGGGGCAGUAGAGAGAUCACCAAAGCUGCCCAGAGUCUCAAUGAACUUGACUACCUAUCCCAAGGUGUGGAUCUCAGUGGCAUUGAUGUUAUUGACAACGAACUGCUGAUGAUUAGCAGAGCCAGACUGGAGGUGGAGAACCAGGCCAAGAGGCUGUUGGAGCAGGGAAUGGAGAUUGAGAAUCCAACCCAGGUGGGCACUGCCCUGCAAGUCUUCUACAAUCUAGGCAGUUUAAAAGAGACUAUAAGCAAUGUGGUGGGCGGAUAUCGCACAGCUAUACAGGACAAUAUAACCGGUGCUCUCGAUAUUAAGGGCCUAACACAGCCAUCAGGCCCCAGAGGAGCUCCAGGCAGAGCAGCACUGCCAACACCAGGGAACACUGCUGCCUUCCGUGCUGCUAUGUGGACCAACCUGGAAAAACUUAUGGACCAGAUAUGUGCUGCAUGCAAGCAGGUGCAGCAUCUACAAAAGGUCCUGAUGAAGAAGAGAGAUCCUGUCACUCAUGUGUGUUUCAUAGAAGAGAUCAACAAGGAUGGUCAACCUGAUAUCCUGUAUAUGUUCUGGACAGAUGUGACCAAUAUACUUAGUGAGGAGUUUCACAAAGCAACUGAAGCCUCAUUCUUCUUGAAACAGGCUUUUGAAGGAGAGUAUCCCAAACUAUUGCGACUUUACAACGAUCUGUGGCGCCGUCUGCAGCAGUACAGCACGAGUUUGCAGAGCUCCCUUAUAAGCAGUGGGGUCGCAGAUUUGUCACUGGAUAUCAUGUCUACAGAAACGGACAACCCAGACCUCUUCACGAAUGUCAAACAGGACUACAACCCUGAGAAGGUUCUGAAAAGUUCUCUACAACCAUAUGAAGCUGCGUAUCUCUCCAAAUCUCUCUCCCGACUUUUUGAUCCAGUCAACCUUGUUUUCCCAAUGGGAGGCCGCAACCCACCCUCAAAUGAUGAGCUGGACAGCAUCAUCAAGACCAUCAGCAGUGAGCUUAACGUGGCAUCGGUUGAUCCAGAUCUUUUCUUAGCCGUGGCCAAGAAUGCAGCCAAGACUGUGAAACUGUUUUGUGUCAAGUCUGAGCAGCUGUUGUGUACUCAGGGUGAUGCCAGUCAGGUGAUCAGUCCACUGACAGAGGGCCAAAGGAGGAAUGUGGCCGUGGUCAAUUCCCUCUUCCAUCUGCAUCAGGCUGUUUCCAAGGUUAUCCUUGGUUUUGGGAAUUCCCUACCUGCAGCCGCUGAGGCCAUGUCUUCUUCUCUAGAGGACAUGCAGGCGCUGAUGAGAAGUGCAGUGCAGCCACUGCUGCAGUCGGUGAGUGACUCUAUCGAGGCCAUCAUCAUCACGCUGCACCAAGAAGACUUCUCUGGGACUGUGUCCAGCUCGGACAAACCUGACGUCCCUUGCUCCCUGUACAUGAAAGAGCUACAAGGUUUUAUCGUCAGAGUGAUGAGCGACUAUUUCCGACACAUUCACUGCUCCGACUUCAUCUAUAACUCUACCGAGUCCAUUGCCCAGAGAGCCAUCGAGCUCUUCGUCCGCCACGCUAGCCUAGUGAGGCCACUGGGAGAGGGUGGCAAGAUGAGACUGGCUGCAGACUUUGCUCAGAUGGAAAUGGCUGUGGCUCCUCUGUGCAGAAGAGUGUCUGAUCUGGGAAAGUCUUACAGAAUCCUGCGCUCUUUCCGACCACUGCUGUUUCAGACCAGUGAACUGAUAGCCAACAGUCCAGCUGUAGGUGGCGUCAUCCCUUACAGCACGCUGCUGCACUUCCUCUUCACCAGAGCACCGUCUGAGCUCAAGUCCCCUCACCAGAGAGCUGAGUGGUCCAUUGCUCGUUACUCCCAGUGGCUGGAUGACCACCCUCUAGAGAGAGACCGACUUGCCCUGAUCAGGGGUUCUCUGGAGGCCUAUGUGCAGUCGGUGAGGACCCGGCAAGAAAAGGAAUUUGCUCCUAUUUAUCCUAUCAUGCUCCAGCUGCUGCAAAAAGCCACCACUGGAUCAGAGGACGUCACAGGCUGAACCAGGACUUGACUACAGUAGCUGCAACACUACAUGUGAGGUGAAGGGUGAAGGGUGAAGGGUCUAAAACUGACGUGAAGUAGAGGCCUUUGAUGGGUAGUUCAGGUUUUUAUGGGUGUAGUAAAAGCACUAUAGACAUUAUUGCUUAGGAAAUCGAGCCAUCUGUAGGUAGAACUUUAUUUGCUGAGCCUGCAACCUCACUUGUUUCUUCAAGUUCCUGUUGGGAAGAUGCUGUUGUGUCCACAGAACAGUCGAACAGUACAACAAUCAAAAAACCUGAACUAGUCCUAAACUUUUCUCAGACCUUACACUUGACUAAUGAAGGGAUGUUGUUGUGGUGGUGUGUAAACAAUUUUUAAUUUAAUAAUUGUCUCUUCCUUAUUUUAUGUAGAGUUUGCUUUCUUAUAGUAAAAAUGUAUGUUUCUGGUUCAGGGCUGUAGAUAUGAAUUACUGUAAUUGAAAAUAAUAAAAUGAUAAAAGUUCAAA